AGCUGCUCUGUGGACGGUUCUGAUGGAUGGAAAUAUGACUGGUACAGACAGACGUCAAACGAAUGGACAGAAGCAGCUGAUGGAGACAACAAAGAAAUCAGAGUCACACGAGGAGGAAAAUACAUGUGCAGAGGAAGAAGAGGAGAACCAGCUGUUUACACUUAUCAAAGUGAUUAUGUCACUAUCAAGAUAACUUAUUCUAAUUCUGUGUCUGUGAGUCUGCAACUGGACUGGACUCAGGUGAUCAGAGGUCAGAUCACUGUUAGAUGUGAGAUCCAGGGAGGUGGAGACACUCAGUGGGUUUAUGACUGGGAAACAACCAGUGGACAAACAAUCACACAGAGAACAAACACUAAUCCCUGGACAAUGUCUGCGUUCAGCAGUGGAGGCUACAGGUGCAGAGCAACAAACAGACAGGACUCAUAUUCUUCAACACAGUGGAGUGAAGCUGCUGCACUGACAGUAUCAGGUGCUGUGUUGACCAUUGACCCCAGCAGGUCCAGGUAUUUUACUGGAGAGUCUGUGACCUUCACAUGUGACAUGAAGGACGGCAAACGCACAGAGUGGGAAACCAGACUCAUCAAAGAUGGAGGAGAAAUAGCUUCAUAUAGUGGAUACAGAAUAAAAGCUCUGUCUACAGGAGACAGGGGUAGAUACCAGUGUUUUAGAGUCCACAGGAAAACAAACCACAUAAAAACCAGUGAAACCAUCAAGUUAAUUGUAUCAGAUAAACCCAGAGCCUCACUGACAUCAGACAACACAGUCAUAUCAGCAGGAGGCAGCGUGACACUGAGCUGCUCUGUGGACGGUUCUGAUGGAUGGAGAUACGACUGGUUCAGAUCAGCAGCUCUGAUCAGAACAAACACCGAAUCUAGAAUCAGAAUCACAGAUGGAGGCAACUAUUACUGCAGAGGAGGAAGAGGAAACCCAGUUUACUACACACAGAACAGUGUCUCAGUCACUGUUAAAGAAACAGUUUCCAACAAGGCUGCUGUAAAAAGGCAGCAUGACUGGUCUGAGAUAUUCAAAGGAGAGGAGAUCACUCUGACAUGUGAGAUCCAGGCUGGAGGAGACACUGAGUGGGAAUAUGAAUGGACCCAAGGCAACGUAAGAAGAACUCCAGAUGGGAGGAAACCCUGGGUUUUCACUGCUUCUGGUUCCAGUAGUGGAGACUACAAGUGUAGGGGUCGACAGAAAACCAACAGUUAUUCCUUCACAGCAUGGAGUGAUGCUCUACGUUUGACAGUAACAGCUUCUGAACCAAAGGCUGAACUGAGAAGUGAUGAGACAGACAUCCCAGUAGGGGGCAGUGUUACGCUGAGCUGCUCUGUGACGUCAUCAUCUGGUUGGAAAUAUUACUGGUACAGAGGAGAAAAAUCCUCUGAGGUCCUGAUCACACAAGAUAGUGAAACCAGUGUCUCUCAGGAAGGACUGUACUGGUGCAGAGGAGGAAGAGGAAACCCAGUUUACUACACACAGUACAGUGACUCAGUGAGGAUCAACACAAAUGUCCCAAACAAGGUGGUCGUGACUCUUCAUCCCAACUGGACUCAGUUGUUCAGUGGAGAGAAGAUCACUGUCAGAUGUGAGAUGGACGACAGAGGAGACACUGAGUGGGAAUAUGAAUGGAAAACACCUGGAACAACAAACACACAACAGAAUGAAGUCAACAUCAGCUCAGCUUCUUCAUCCCACAGUGGAAACUACAGCUGUAGAGGCAGAAUGAGAAACGCUCAACGUAACACAACAGAGUGGAGUCAAUCCAUCAGACUGACAGUCAGUGACAAUAAAGCCCAGUGUGUCCUCACAGCGUCUCCAUCUUGGCUGAGUCCUGGAGCCUCAGUAGCUCUGAGCUGUGAGGUUGAGCCUCCAUCUGCAGGAUGGAGGUUCUACUGGUACCAGACUGUUCCUGAUGGCUCACACAGCUCCUACAGAUAUGAGCUGCUACCUGGUAGUGAGCAUGGGACUGAACAGGGCUCCUACAUGCUUGAUGGACACACACACACAGCAGGAUAUGUGUGUAGAGCUGCAAGAGGAGAACCAGUGUAUUACACUGACUACAGCAAAGCAGCAUUCGUCUGGUCUGGAGAUGUUGAUCCGUCAGCGUCUCUCACAGUGAGUCCUGACACAGUUCAACACUUCACCCGUGACUCUGUGUCACUGAGCUGUGAGGGAAACUCUGCUGAGUGGAGAGUCAGGAGGUUUCCUGAAGGAGGCUUCCUGUCAUCCUGCUCCAACUGGACAACAUCUGGAUCCAGAUGUGACAUCAUCACAUCACAGUCUGGUUCUGCAGUGUUCUGGUGUGAGUCUGGAUCAGGACACUUCAGUAACUCAGUCAACAUCACUGUUCAUGAUGCAGGUUUGAUCCUGAUGAGUCCUAUCCGUCCUGUGACUGAGGGACUCUCUGUGCUUCUGAGCUGUAAGUUGAAGAGAGGACAAAAAGCUUCCAGUGUGUUUUUCUAUCACAAUGAGCAACUGAUCCAAAACGACAGCAGAGUAGAGCUGAACAUCUCUGCAGUGUCAAAGUCACAUGAAGGUUUCUACAAGUGUUGGUACCAAGGAACAGAGUCUCCACAGAGCUGGAUGGCAGUGAACGGAUUCUCUACUGAAGCUCCAUCAUUUUCUGCCUCCUUUACUGUUGGACUGGUUGUUAGACUUUCAGUGAUUGUUUUCCUGCAGCUGCUGCUGUUGUUGUGUGUUUGGAAAAACAUGAAAGCACAAAGAAGUGUGAGCACUGAUAAAAGCUCUGCUACACAACAAACAGUAAACCAGCUUGAACCUCAGGUUUACUCCUCUCUGCUCCACGAUGAUGUUUGUGUCUAUGAAUCAGUCGGAGGCUCUGGAAAAAUUGAUGGUGGGACACAUGAUGAUACAGAGGAAGAUCAUGAUUACAACAACGUGGAUCCAAAAGCAGCCACAUAUUCAUAAAGAGAAGUUGGUCAAAACAAGAACCACAAGACAACAAUGUUCUGUUAACAACAUGCUGAGACUGUUUACAGCAUUUAUAAAGUUACUUAAAGUUACUAACGGCGUCACCAUAGAACAAGUCAACAACCGUGCAGACACUACAUGUAAAAGCAGCAAAUAGGAGCAGCUUUAACAUAUGAGGACGUGUUUUUAGUGAUUGUGGCCCCAGAGCCAGAAGGAGUCGGGGGUCUCUGUUGUUUCCAUGGUAACAAAAUAAUGGCUGGCUGCAGCACCAGCUUUGUCAUUUCAUGUGUCAUAAUAUAAUGUAUGUUUGCUCUUAGUAUUGUUGAAGUGUGAUUCAUUAUGUUUAUUUCAGUAUAGUCUGAAACAUUAUUAUGUUCAGCACAUUGAUGUUGAAGUUCAUCACCUGGUGGAUGGAAGUUACUUUAGCUGCUUUUUGUUUCUUUCUGUUAUUUUUAGAUUUGGACUGUUGACAAAUAUAUUUUAGAUUUACUGGAUAAUGUUACGUAUGUUAAUGAUGUUAAUUGAAGCAUGGCAUGUGAUCUGACUGAGUGGCUCUGUAAAUAACCUACACACAAGCAGUGAAGUAAACACCAUAUAAAAUAUAUGAUGCAGUUUCAAACACAUUUUUAAUCUAUUGAUAUGAAUACUUUCUAUGUAAUUCUCCUCAUUGUGGUCGCUGAGUGACUGAGUGACUGAGUGACUGGUUUGUGUUUCCUCACUCUGUUCAAACCAGAAAACUCCACAACGUCUCCUGCCUCAGGACGUACCAACGUUUACUAGUGACUCACUGAGCUUUUCUAUUUGUCAUUAUUAUUUACAAGUCGACCAUUUAAUCUCAAAUUAUAUGGAGACAAUCAGGAGGAAGAUGCCAAAGACGUCUUGUCCUCAUCCGGUGUUGUGAUAUUUGACCUUGGUUUCUCUUGCUUGGAUACUUUGUCUUUUUAUCUCUGUACAUUCUGUAUUAUUCUGUAUUAUUAACCAUCAGCGGAUAGAAGCCAACAGUGGGUUUAUGGGUUAUUGUAUGAUUGUGAUGCAUGUUUUAUUUUGCUGUUAACGUUAUCGCUGAGCGUGUAUCAGAACCAUCCCUGCUUUAUUCCUGCUUGAACUGUGGCUCAUUUUCCACAUCCAAAUCUUCCAUUGAUGUGUGUCAUUAGUGAGGCCUGGUAGCUCAGUGGGCAUCGGCCGGGGAAAGGACAGCUUCCUGGUUCCAUCCCUGCCUCUGACACUUCACACUAGCUCCCCAGGUGUGUGUGUGUGUGUGUGGCAGCCCACUGCUGGGUUAAAUGCAGAGGACACGUUUCAUUGUGUGACAAGUGAUGAAUAAAGUUUCAUUGUUGGGUCCA